UAUUAAAAUAAAACUAAAUAUCAUUACCAAGCAUUGUGGUGAGUCAAGAUGUCGUGUUUAAUCUUUAUUUUGGCAUCUGUUUUCCUCAUAAGUAACGCUACAGCUAAUACUAUAUGCGGUCCCAAUGAAGUCGAAAGGAAUAGUACAGAUUGCAAGUCAGACUACUGCUUAGGGGUAAAAAGCGACGCCAACUAUGACACCAGUACUUCUGUCUGCAAAUGCGGCCUCAUGUACCGAAGAGCUGCUAAUAAUACAUGUAUACCUACUAGAAGUUGUCCACCUAUUCCUUGCGGCGACAACGAAAUCUACGAUUCCUGUCCAGUGUGUUCAGAGAGUUGUGAAAACGCCUCGCCAACUGGUAAACGAUGCAGAUUCGUGGGUAGAAUAGGGGUAACAGUAAUAUGUGAACCAGCAUGCCGUUGUAUCGACUUUUAUUGGAGAAACGGUGAUGUGUGCGUUCCCUACGACGAAUGCCCUGGAUCCCAGUCAAGAUGCUAAAAUAUGUAUAAUUAUGUAUUUGGAUCGUAAUUGGCAUUGAAAUGAAAUACUUAUUCACUGUCAUAAUAUAUUUAUAUAUAGCCAAAGUUUGUGUCUAAUACAUAAAUAAAUUUUGAAUAUUGUAA